GCCUUUUCCGAUACUGACGCAAGCAAGCAAGAAUGAACGUUUUCAGUCCAAAGCGAACCGUGUGCCAGAGUGGACGUGUGUCACUCGAAGUUCAAAGCGAUAUAAAGUGUGUGCCGGUUUUCCUUUUUUUCAGUUCUCGUUCCUCUCCGUGUUCCCCCUGUUUAUAACACCCGGUGCUAAACGUGAAAACAUUGUGCGGGAUAAACAAAUUUGUGCUAUAUUUUGAUAUUCUGGGAAGUACGAAACGAACCUCAACGCAGAACCUAUUCAGCUUGUUCAGAGUUUCCUUAUUAUGUUCCCAAUACUGUGAAUCAGUAAUACGUCUAGCGGAAGUGUGUCGGCAAGAAACAAUAAAUAAUCAUUUGAACGGGGAAACGGCUAUGCCAAAUAGAAUAUAGAAACAGGAAUAUCGCCUCACAUGUUUGCGUAUAGCCUUCUCAAAGUGAAGAAAGUGUGAUCUUAAAGCGUGUUGAAUACAAAAAAAACACUGUUGGAUAAUACGUGUGAAGAAAAAUAUAGUCACAGUGAUAUUAUUUGUUUGAUUUAUUAAUGAGCAUAUUACUGUCACCAUUUGGAGUGUAUCCAUUCUUGUUCGCUGUGCCGCGUGUCGUUCCGCAUGUCAUCAACAUAUUUAUCGGUAACACUACACCUUUGAAUAAGACAAAACAACAUAAAGACGUCGGUGUGCGGUGAGUCGUUUGUUGAGCUCUUUUGUGCUGCCCAAGCAACAAUACACAGCAUAAAUCAUUCGACAUGCUGUCGCACAAAUGUUUACUCACCGAAAUGAAAAGGUGUUACGAUGUUGCCGUUCGAAAGCCACAGACUUUGCUGGUUGCCAUCUGUCUGAUGAUCACUACCCAACUGUUCAGCGAAGCGCGAGGGGAGGAUCACUGCAGCCGGUACAGAUACAACAAUGCACUCACCACGGAUCACAUGCAGUUCACCAAAGAGAUACCCGAUUUGGAGUACGGCAUUCUAGGACAAUUCAAAAGCCUGCAUUGUUGUGCGAAGGGAUAUCGUAGCAUCGAAUGGUUCAAAAAUGGUCAACCUUACCCGUGGGGAGGGGAUAUUUCUUCGCUCAUUGUUUAUCCGGAGGCGGCGAAUCAAACCAUCUACACUCAUAGAGUUGCGGAAGCUGACAUAGGGAAUUACUCCUGUGUGCUACGGAACGAUACGAGCAUUAUACGGCACGACAUUGAGUUGCGGAUGCAAGAAGACAAACCAGACUUCCCACUGCCGACGUUCAGGCCGAAAGAUUUGAUCAUCAGUCUAGGUGAAACCGCGCGCUUCUACUGCGAGGCAUUCGUGGGCAAGCUCGAUCUACCGGAUGCGACCAAUAAAGUUGUGUGGAUGCAGAUGCUGGACGACAAGCCAGCAUCUGUACUGGACGCCAAUCAGUUGAAUGUGACGAGGGAGGACGGCCAAAUCAUUGGUUCCUAUCUGUCGAUACCGAGAAUUCAGCAGCACCAUUACGGGCGGUAUCGCUGCCAAAUAACUUCCGGCAAUCUCGCCCGGCCACUCGAACUGAGCGUUUCACUCUCACCAGCGCAGGUGACUGCCGUUGAGGAGUCCGAGUUCGAGUUUUUAGCAUUGAUAAUCAUUGUGUCGAUAGCGUCUCUACUCGCAAUCAUGCUCUUCGUUCUUUGUAAGCUAGACCAGCGAAAAGGCCAUAGUGAAAAUCGCUGUUCAGCGCAGUUUAUUGCUGACAACGAGAACAUGUAAAACUUAGUGGGUAUUAGAUCGUAGUACUAUGUAUAUUACUUAAUCAACCUAUUUAUUCGUACCAAUUAUAGCUGUAAGCUAUGACUAUACAUUAUUUGUUAAUAACUCCUCAGUACUAUAUAUUGUUUCGAAUCCGUUGCCAAUUGUGAACGCAACACACAAAAAAAACAAUAUUGUAAAUAAAUCAUUCAUAAUGGUAAUUGGCUAGACGCCGGUUACCUGCUGUUAGUUACUUUGUUUUCUCAUGGACAAAAAAGGGUAGAACCAUAAUAAAAGCCACUUAUGAGACUGACUUUUGUGAUUAUGUAGAGGUCUAUUUUACUGUCUACGGUGCUGCCAAUUAGCAUGCUAGAAGAGGGCGCAGAACUAAAACAAUGCGAGAAUAAUUUCUGUAACAAAUCAAACACCUCAGAAGCAUAAUCGCCUCAAUACAUGUGUGUGUGUGUGUGUGUGACAGCUGUUAUACACGUUAAACGUCAAACGACAGUGAUGCAAAAUCGAACGUAUAUAUGUUGGCUUGGAAAGUAUUAUCUCUAUUAUUAAUAGUUGGAAUGCAAAAAUUAGCUAAAAGCAAUAAUGAAUACAUUAUAUGAUAAUAAUCAUGAGUACUAAUCGAAUUAUUUAUGUAUAAUGUUUGUAGGUUAAGUGAUGUACCAGUGAUUGAAAGCACAAAUCGGUUUUAGUUUCGAUUUUGAACAUUCCUUUUGAUUUCAAACAAAGUUUGAACUAUAACAGUCGAAAGUAGUCAUCCGUUAUGACAGUACUUGAGCAGAACGAUUUUGUGUCAUCGGAUAGACAUUAACAUAUAAUACGGGAAGAAAUGUAUAAUGCAGCUAGACAUUUCUACCAAUAUCAUUUCAAUUGUAAAAACAAAAACGAAGUGUUGUGUAAUGGAAAUGUAAACAAUGUAAUAAAGUAUUGUAAAUAUACUAUUCUGAUAAAUAUAUGUCUACUGCUAUUACCGCUACUUUCGCGGUACACAUAUAGGUAGAGACGAAAGCACGUGAUGUGCAGAACCUCUUAAAUGAAACAAACAACUGUACAAGGAAAACCCAAUUGCUCAUCAUGGAAGUAAUAUACCACGAACCUGCAGUGAUUUGGUACGUUGGUCUUCAAAUGUUUUAGAUUUGUUGAAUAGGGCCUAAUGUUCGCUAUCACCACCUAAAACUCACGGUAUCGCAUGUUAUCAUAAACUCAAGCACAUCAAGAAACACGUAGCAUCAAAAAUAAACUUUAGAGCCCAUAUGACUAAAUAAAUGUCUUCGUAAGAUAAGUUAUGCCGAUGAUGAUACGGUGUCGACAUCUACCGUGGUGUGAAGUGAAUUAUUCUCUCUUUUUCUCUUUUUUCUAUAAAUAUCCCAAUAGUUCCCCUAAACUGCAUAAUAAAACUGUAAAAUGCGUUUCAAAUCACUGAAAUCAACUUUGACAAAGGGAGGUUAAUUUUCAUUUCAAGAGUGUGUUUAUUGCAUCUGAAAUCCGUUACUAUUUUCGUUUCACACCAAUGGAACACAAAACUCAAUGCCUUCAAUACAAAUAGUUUCUUGGUCGAUUAGUUCCAUGACUAGCAAUGUACCGUAUAUCUAUUUCAUAGGUCUUGUAAACUUCACGAUAAAUACAACGCUUUCGUGGACAAUUUUUAAA